AUGAUCCCACAGUGGCUGCUUGUCCUCGCCUUCACGGCCAUGAGACUAGCCAUCGUCAACAGCGAAGCCCUCGUCGUCGACACCGCCCACAACGUCACCUACCAAGGCCUGACCCGCAACGGCGUCGAGUUCUUCCUCGGCGUUCCCUACGCGCAGGACACCGGCGGCGCGAACCGCUUCAAGCCGCCUCAACUGCACGUGCCAGACAACGACAGCACCGUCGACGCAACGGCCUACGGCCCAGCAUGUCCGCAGGUCAUGGGUCUGCCGCCGCUGUACCCGCUGACGCUCUCCAACGUCACGGACGUCUCGGAAGAUUGUCUGCAUCUCAACAUCGCGAGGCCGAGCGGUAUUAGCGCCAACCAGGGCUGCGGCUUGCCCGUCAUGGUGUUCAUCCACGGCGGUAGCUUCUGGGAUAAUUCGAACGCCGAGAUCACGAAUGCGCCGGACGCGUUGGUGCUGCAGUCGGUGGAGAAUGGGCUGCCGGUCAUUUAUGUGGCGAUGAAUUACCGUUUGGGAGCUUUUGGUUUUGCGCAGACCCAAGCACUGCGUCAAGAAGGCUCGCUGAAUGCUGGAUUGCGAGACCAGAGGCUGGCGAUCGAGUGGGUGCGCGACAACAUCGGCAUGUUUGGCGGUAACGGGGAAGCCAUCACCAUCUUUGGCCAGUCGUCUGGAGGCCUCGCGGUAGGCAUGCAAAUCAUGGCAUACGGCGGCACCAAACCCGUGCCCUUCCAACGAGGCAUCUGCGAAAGCCAGGCGCUCGAGCCGGGCAUCACCGGCAACUUCACCUACCACCAAAUGGACCUGCUCGCCACAGCCCUCGGGUGCAACACCUCGACCCUCGACUCGAACGAGACCCUCGCGUGCCUCCGCGCCAGCGACACCACGACCUUCCUCAACGCCUCCAUCGCCACCUACUCCGGCGACGUCUCCCACAACAUCGGCGACGUCUGGCUCCCCGCGGUGGACGACGACUUCCUCCCCGCGGCGCCCUCGACCCUCGUCUCCCAACACCGCAUGGCAACCAACGUCAGCGUCAUGAUCGGCUGGACCGACGACGACCUGGGCUUCUUCACGCCCCGCACCAUCGCCUCGGACGCCGACACGCGCGAUUUCGUCACCAGCUACCUCCCCGACCUGGACCCCGAGAACACCGACGCCCUACUGGCCUUGUACCCCGUCAGCGACUUCGCCGCCAACCCGGCCGCCAACCUGACCGCGCAGUUCUACCGCUCCGCCCGCAUCUUCCGCGACGUGCUCAUGACCUGCAUGCCCAUCUGGUUCGGCGACCACCUGGCGCAGAUGCACUCCCCGGGCGUGUACUUGUACGACCAGAACGCCACCAUCCUCACCCCCAUCCUGGCCGCUCAAGGCUACCCGGGCCUCGGCCCAGUGCACACCUCGGAAUUCGCGUACGUCUACGCCAAUUUCUCGCACUACGAUACCCUCUCGGGCUUCGCGCCUACAGAGCAGGACUACGCGCUGCUGCCGCGGCAGAGUCGGAGUUGGACUUCGUUUGCGGCUACAGGGCAGCCGAGUUUGGUGGGCAAGGAGACUUUGGUGGGGUGGGGGGAGGGGUUUGUGCCGAUGCCGAUGGCGGAGGGCAAAGGGGGACAGGGCAAUAGGACGGAGGUGUUCGUCAUUGGUGGGGGCACGCCGGGGUUGUGGGCUUUGGAUGGAGAUGGGGAGCGGGAAGGGGAGGGAGGGUCAGCGGCGUUGACGGCGCAGAGAUUGGGGGAGAGGUGUGCGUUCUUGAAUUCGGGGGGGGUUAUUGCACAGUUGAAGUUUUGA